GGGACUCGUCGUCGCGCACAGUCGCGCACUUCAUGACGUGUCAUGGCAGCGCUCGAGCCGCUCGAGAUGUGAUACGCGUUCCUGUCUCGCGACGACGUUUCGCGCAAUCCCACGCAGCGAGAGAGCGAGAGUGAUCUGCGGAGACGUGCGCGGUGUAUCAUGCGAUCGGGUGCUUUCAUGUAGGACAAGUACGUUUCACGGAGGUGACGCGAGCGGUACGACAGACGACGCUUCUAGGGAGACCCGGUGACUGCGACCGCCACGGCGAUGAUAACGACGACGGCGAUCUUCUACGCGUUGUACGCGUUCCACGGUGUCGCGGCCUUCUACCUGCCCGGCCUGGCGCCCGUAAAUUAUUGCAAGGUCGGGGAGACAACGUCAACGUGCAAGUCGGAUGUCAAACUAUAUGUGAAUCGUUUAAAUACGGAGAAAUAUGUCAUACCUUACGAAUAUAGUCAUUUUGACUUUUGCACGGUGGAGGAUGGACAGUCCCCAGUUGAGAAUUUGGGACAGGUCGUUUUUGGAGAACGCAUACGUCCAUCUCCAUAUAAGUUGGAAUUCAUGAAAGAUGUCAAGUGUGCCACUCUUUGCGUGAAACAGUACACAGCAGGUGACGAAAAUUCAGAGAAGAAAUUACAGUUAUUGAGGAAAGGAAUAGCAGUCAAUUAUCAACAUCAUUGGAUAGUUGAUAAUAUGCCGGUAACGUGGUGUUAUCAGUUAGAGGAUGAGCGACAAUAUUGUAGCACUGGCUUUCCCAUGGGCUGUUAUUCAAAAGAAUCCAGAUCUCAGCAAGAUACUUGUACUAUACAUGGUCCGUACAAUAAACUGAAAACAUUUUAUUUGUUUAAUCACGUGAAUCUUACGAUAACUUAUCAUAGUGGUGGUUCGGAGGAAUGGGGAUCGUCCUUUAAGGAAAACGGUGGUCGUAUCAUAUCUGUGAAAGUAGUGCCUCACAGUAUUAAGCAUAAUCCUGUUGAUUGUGAAAGUCAAAUACCAUUAGAAAUACCAUCCAAUGAGCUCUUAUCUGGACAGACGUUCCAAGUGACAUAUACGUAUUCUAUUAAAUUUGUGAGAAAUAACACAAUCAAAUGGUCGUCCAGGUGGGAUUACAUCUUGGAAUCAAUGCCACAUUCGAACAUUCAAUGGUUCAGUAUUCUUAAUUCACUGAUAAUCGUUCUAUUCCUCUCUGGCAUGGUAGCUAUGAUAAUGCUUCGCACUCUGCACAAAGACAUCGCGCGAUAUAACCAGGCCUACUUCCAGAUAGAAUCAGGAGAAGAUGCACAAGAGGAAUUUGGAUGGAAAUUGGUACACGGUGAUGUGUUCCGCCCUCCGCGUAAAGGGAUGCUGCUUUCGGUUCUGCUAGGAUCCGGUGUUCAAGUGUUUUUCAUGACAUUGGUUACAUUAGCAUUCGCUUGUCUGGGUUUCCUUUCGCCUGCUAAUAGAGGUGCACUAAUGACUUGCGCGAUGGUAUUGUAUGUUUGUCUGGGAACCACUGCGGGAUAUGCGGGCGCACGAAUAUACAAGAGUUUCGGUGGAGAGAAAUGGAAGUCCAACGUGUUACUCACGUCCAUGUUUAGUCCCGGAAUCGUAUUCAGUUUAUUCUUUAUAAUGAAUCUGAUAUUUUGGGCGAACGGAAGCUCGGCCGCAGUACCUUUCAGCACUCUAAUCGCUCUUCUGGCAUUGUGGUUCGGAGUGUCCGUACCGUUAACGUUUAUCGGCGCUUACUUUGGCUUCAAGAAAAGGGCUUUGGAGCAUCCGGUACGAACGAAUCAGAUUCCUCGGCAGAUACCAGAGCAGAAUUUCUACACGCAACCAGUGCCCGGAGUCAUCAUGGGUGGUGUCCUGCCAUUCGGUUGCAUAUUUAUACAAUUGUUCUUCAUACUUAAUUCCCUCUGGUCGAGCCAAGUGUACUACAUGUUUGGAUUUCUCUUCUUGGUUUUUCUCAUACUCGUCAUCACGUGUUCUGAAACGACAAUUCUGCUCUGUUAUUUCCAUCUUUGUGCUGAGGAUUAUCACUGGUGGUGGCGCAGCUUCCUCACAUCCGGCUUUACUGCUGUCUACUUGUUAAUUUAUUGUAUACAUUUCUUCGUCACUAAGUUAGAAAUUGAAGGUGCCACUUCUACGUUCCUGUACUUCGGAUAUACGUUUAUUAUGGUUUACUUAUUCUUCCUUUUAACAGGUUCCAUCGGCUUCUUCGCCUGUUUUUGGUUCGUGCGCAAGAUUUAUAGUGUUGUGAAGGUUGAUUAAAUAAAACUGAUGACGAGAACAAUGCUUGUAUGAUGAAUGUGGUAUGAGUGAAACUAAUCGCAACAAGAACGAGCGAUAGUCGAUAUUGUGUAAACUCGCGUUAAAAAAAAGGGAGAAAAAUCCGUAACGAUAAUAAUAAGCAAAUAAUAGCGCACUCUUUGCGUCGUUAUUGUUGAGAUAUAUCGUUGCAAAUGUCGUCAUAAAUAAUAGUUUAUUUUUUAUUAACGCGAAAGGUUUACAGUUUUCGAAAGGUGGACGUCGAUACGGUUAUCGACUGUGACAUUCUUCGAGAGAUAUUUUCUCUCGAAUAAGCGUCUUAACAUAUAUCAUGUAUAUUAAAUGAUUUAUGUUUUAGAUGUCUGUCUAAAAUCUGCGUAAAUAUCUUGUUUUAUCUUCCCUUUGCUUUCUCAAAAUGCUUGACCUACGCAAAAGCGUUAUGCGGUAUGCAGCCACGAUACGUCUCAGAUUAGCGUUUCAGAUUAAAUCUUCGAUGUGUCAUAAAAUUCAUUCUGAUUAGAUUAUCAAUCGAUCGCUGAUCAUUGGGCGUGUUCAGCAAAGCAGAUCAGUGAGCGUUUAAUGAUUUUUUAAAUUAUAAUUGGUUUCUACACUUAGCUCCAGUGAAAAACUAAAGGCGAGAACCAAUCAUAUUAAAGAUUCACUAAUCUGCUGUCUGCUGAACGCACCCACUGUUUAUUCAUUCGUUUAUUGCGAAGGGAUUAUUGCGAAAGGAAUUUUUAAUAAGACAAAGUAUUAAAACGUGCGCGCGCAUGCAUAACGACAUAGAGAAGUGUACAAUUUGGAUUCUGAUUGCGAAGUGCACAUGUCAUCGUGUUUUCCGAAAUAAAAUUAUAUAAAUACAUAUGUAAUAAAAUGUACAAAUUGAGAACUAACUUUAUUAUUAAAUUUUAUGUCUCUCUUCUUUUUCACUGUCUACCAAAUAAAUAACAGCGUACUCGUAAUCGUGACAGUCAAUAUGCACAUAUUCUGUACUCCGAUUUUGUAAACUAAAGUACCUACAAUGUUAGCGUUGGUAAUGUUAUUGAUACAAAUAAAAUCGAAUAAGUUUA